UUUCCAGGUUCUAUUGACCGCAAUAAAUCUAUUUACAUUUUUAGUAGGAAUGAAAAUGGCUUCUGACAACUUGGCGGUGGGAAUUUUCCUCUUCUCCGAGAUUGCCGUGGGCAUGCUUGGAAAUUCCUUAAUAUUAUUUUAUCAUAUAAUUUUGAUAGUCACUGGAAAACAUUUAAUGAAAAAAGACCUGAUCAUAGAGCACUUGACUUUUGCCAACUGUUUGUCUAUCAUUUCAAGAGGAAUUCCACAGACAAUGUCAGAUUUUGGAUUUAAGUAUUUCCUAGAUGACACUGGAUGUAAAUUGAUAAUGUACAUUUACCGACUAUCAAGGGGGGUGUCCCUGUAUGCCAUGUGCCUACUAAGUUGCUUCCAAGCUAUCACAAUCAGCCCCAGUAACUCCAGGUGGAUGAAGCUUAAUCUCAGAGCCAACAAGUUCAUUGGUCCCUCCUGCUUACUCAGCUGGCUUGUGAGCCUCCUUCUAAACAUCUCGACUCCAGCAAGAGUGUCAGGCCCCAUUUACAAUAAAAAUGCAACUAGUAGGAUGAGUUAUGGAUACUGUUCAUGGUUUGCUUCUGGUAAUGUGGUAACGGCAUUGUAUAUGUUCUUACUGUGCUUCACGGAUGGUCUGUGUCUGGGUCUCAUGGCCUGCUCAAGUGUCUCCAUGGUGACAAUCCUCUACAGACACAAGAGACAAGUCAAGCAUAUCCAUAGUGCUCAACACUGUCUAAAAGUUUCACCUGAGGACAGAGCUGCCCAAACUAUCCUCACCCUGGUGUGCAUAUUUGUCAUCUCUUAUUCAUUCUCUUCCAUUUUGGUCAUCUUUACUACCUACUCCAAAUUUCCAAUGCUAUGGGCAGUAAGUAUAUCUCUAUCUCUAGAAAUAUGCUUUCCCAUAGUUAGCCCCUUUGUUCUCAUCAGCAAUAUUCGGGAUAGUUCCAGCAUAUUUUUACCCUGCUGUCAUAAGAGAAAGCUUCUUUCGAGUUUGACAUGA